AUGGCUCGGAGUCCAGGAAAUCAUAACAUCAACAUGGUGGGAAAUGAGGGACGCUCUCAUACCGUAUUCUUGAAGUCCGGUCACAAGAAAGCCGAGGCCGUUAUCCUCCGUACCACGAACAUGUUCCUCUCCAGCUGUGCUUGCUCAUACUCUAAUGGUCCUUCCUGGGACGAGAGCAUGUACCCAUGA